ACCGGCGUUUCAUAAGGGGCUGCGGUCAGUCAUGUUUCAUAAACAAAACAGAGAAGACUGUUUAACUGUCAAAUUGGUUACAGAAGAGAGGAAUUUCUGAUGUAUUCCUUUGAACGAAGAAGAAAGUCUUUAAUCUGUUUGCGUUGUUUGCACAAGUGAGCCGGACGCAGACUGAUAGCUGUCCAAGGUGGCUUUUCCAGACACCUCCUCGACGCAAUGAAGAGGCUGUUCUUCAUCGAGCCGAUCGUCGCGAUUUACGCGUUUGCCAGUUUUAUGGUGUAUCCCCUCGUGCAGCAGUACGUGUAUCGCAGAUUGUGGCUGGAGAUCACAAACUCUUCUUACCCCGUGUCCGACAACACCACCCAGUGCGCCGUCAUCAACACCAGCCACAGCACACAGCAAGAUGAGGUGCAGAAAGCAGCUUCUCUGUUUUCCAUGUACAGUGAUUUGUCUACCAUGAUCCCCAGCCUCCUGGUGACCCUCCUCCUGGUGGCCUACAGCGAUCAGCGCGGCCGAAAGUUCACGAUCAUCAUGCCCCUCAUUGGGUCUCUGGUCUACUCGCUUUCUUUUCUGGCGGUCUCCUUCUUCGAGCUCAACCUCUACCUCCUCAUUGGUGCCAGCUUCUUGAGCGCCCUGUUUGGCGGCGUUGGCACCAUGCUAGGCGGCUGCUUCUCCUAUGUGGCCGAUUUGUGCGAGGACGGCAAGCAGAAAACCCUUCGCAUGGCUGUGGUGGACAUGAUGAUCGGCUUGCUGGCCGGCGUGGCGUCAAUCUCCACGGGCUACUUCCUGCAUACAACCGGGUUCAACUGGCCUUUCUUCACAUCCGCCAUAUUUCACGCGGCAAACUUGCUAUACGCCGUCUUCAUUUUGGAGGAAACCAGGGUGGUUGACCGGUCAGAGCCUGUGGCUUGUUGUCGGGCCCUGCAGAAACUCGUUUGCGGUAUCUACAACUUGUUUGCAGGAGGCAGUAGACAGAGAAAAUGGAUUCUUGUGCUGUUGAUAGUCACUUUCUCCUCCUUAUCUUUUGUCAAUACGGGGGGUCUGUCCAUGAUCACACUUUAUGAACUCAACGAGCCGCUGUGCUGGAGCGAGAUCCUCGUCGGAUACGGCGCCGCGGCCAGCACCUCCAUCUUUAUCACUAGUUUUGUCGGCGUGUAUUUGUUCUCCCUCUGUCUGCCGAACACUGCCAUCGCCUUCAUCGGGAUGCUGUCAGUCGCCGUAAGCAUGUUCAUGACGGCCUUCGCAAAGAACACGCUCGUUAUGUUCCUCGUGAGGAUUCCUGCUAUGUUUGCCAUCAUGCCGUUCCCUGUCCUGCGUUCGAUGAUGUCAAAGGUCGUCUCAAAGUCCGAGCAGGGGGCACUCUUUGCCUGUGUGGCCUUUACGGAAACCCUGAGCACUAACGGGUCCUCUGCGGUUUUCAGCAGAAUCUACGCGGCCACCGUGGCAUGGUGUCCUGGGUUUAUCUUUCUGUUGGGUUCUGGACUCUGUAUCAUUCCCAUAAGUCUAUUAGGCAUCCUUAGGUGUUUCCAUUCACUGGAUACCAAUGACACUCAGGCACUCUUAUCAGAAGAAGGGACUGAAGCCUCACAUGAGCCACCUGUAGCUUAAAAACAAGGGGAGUUUGGACACGUCAUGGUCUCCCUGUGUGGUUCUUGACAUUUCCUCAUACCGACACAUGCGGGUAAUCUGUUCAAGCAUAAGUGUAUUUUUGUGUUUCGAGUCGCUGCUGCCAUGAAAUAUGCAUUUUUGCUCAAAUGCAGUAUAUGAUUAUUUAAGUUUUGGAAGGGAACGGAACUUUAUAUUUUUCCAAAGGGAAAUUUUGUAAAAGAAGUAUUUUUAAAAUAAUAAUAAUAAAUUCAGCAAAAACUAAAUUUAUAUUUCCUUAAGGAAAUACCAAUCGCUUGUGAGGCAGCAACACAACAAGCUAAGUUUAGAUUAGGCUUUGAUUCAGUUUUGUCCGCAAACAAGGAUCAAUACGUAUAGUUAAUGUGAAGGGUGUCUAUAAACAAGACCAGUCGUGAUUCAGACUGCAAAUGGAUGUAAGAAAGUUGACGUAUCUGAUUCAGUAUGCAAAUAUAACAAUAAUAUAAUAACCUAGGAUUAAAUAAGGGAAAAUAAGGGUUUUAAUAGAGCUAAAGAAUACAUAUAGAGUUUGAAUGAAUUGUAUGUACUGAAUUGAUUGCAGAAGUUAAAUACUGAGAUUGAAUGUUUGAGGAAAAUCUGCACAUUGCUGCCUUAAAAGUGUCAGGUUUGGGCUGAUGAUUUAUGCUUUGAUUUAUAAAGAUAUAUAUAAAACUGUGUUUUAUAAAGCAUAAGAUUUAAAAUGCGUCUUUAUAGUGUUUUAAAGUUUCUUAUUCGCACAGAUUUGAGUCAUGAGCAGUUUAGCCAAUAAGCUCUGACCUGCCAUUAUCUGUCUCAUCUGAAAUUUAAGUCAAGGUACGCAAGUAAUAAACUGGUGUAGAUCAGUUUACUUUGUUUGGAGGCUUAGCUGUAAAAACAGUGAUUUUGGAGGACCGGGCAGACCAGUCAAUAGAUACUUGUGUUUAUCUGCCCGUACUUGUGCUCCACCUGCCACACACAAACUUCACUGUUAACACAUUCACAACAGGAAUGCUUAUUGAGCCAUUGGGAAGAAAGAAAGAAAGAAGAAGAAAAACCUCUUUCAUUUACACAAAUAUGCUGGAACCCAACUAAGUUUGUUCACUUUUGUGCAGUUGUGAUAUUGUGUAAGUUUCUGUAACGAAAUAUAAAGAAUUAAUGUCUGUUAGCUUUACAGCGUGUAAAACCUAAUGAUGUGUUACUUGAAAUUGUGUUUUCCAGGCUUGGAAAUGAUCAUGUUCUAGAAAUUAUUAUUGUCAUUUUUAUUGUAUAAUCAGCUCCUAAUUCUAUUGCAAAUUUAGCGUCUGCUAAACAAACAAAUAUAAACUCACAAAAUGUGUCCAGGAGGUGGCAGUAUAGACACGCAUAUAAAUAUGCCAAUAUCGUCUCGACACGAUUUUAAAGUUGAUUGAUCUUUCAUUUGAAGUCAUUUUUAAAACUUUUUUUUUUUUAGGUUAAAAUGAAGAGGGUAAGAACUUAAUGCCCUCGUGACAUACGUUUGCAUGCUUUAACUGAAUAAAACACUUUGCUUCCUGGAAA